UAGGAAAUGACAAUUAAUGUUGUUUUCGAGAUAAUUAAUGUUGAUGCUCUCUUGAAAAUGCUGCAGAUAAAACGAGACUGAAAGUAAUAUUUUAUUUUACACACUUGCUGUGUGAAGGAAAGAGAUGUUUUUCGCACAGCGCUCGUACACACAGCAUGAGCGUUUGUUCAAUUAAGUAAUGGCAUAGUAAAACAUCGUCUGACAGAAGAACCGCGCCAGCUGUUGUCCGCGCGAUCCGUCGUAAUGACGCUCGUCCAGGAUGUUCCGCGCGUUCGAACGACGAGCGGCGAAAAACAGACGAACGAACGAACGAUCGUCGCGCCCGUCCCAUCCGUCAAAAUGCAGACGGUGGUGUAGAACCAUCGGCGUGAUUGCCCGGUGAACAUCGGGUGAACACCGAGGAAAAAAAGUCGAUCUCUCGCGCAUGCGGACUCCGCCUAUCGCGAAUUUCACGCGAAAUCUGUCUUUCGCGCUUGCUCGCUCGCCCGUCGACGCGUCGACCAGCCAACAGCGACAUCGCGACAUCGUCAGUACGAGAGUGAAUGAAUAAAUCUUGCCUUUUUUCUCGCCUACGGGUCAAUGCACAGGGAUUGGGGUUAAAGAGGUCGGUGACGACGCUCCGCGGCGGGACACUCGGCUACGCGGAAAUCGUCGCCCUCAAGGAUCUUCAGGAGAAAGGGGUUAAUAUCUCAGCGCAGAACAUCAUACCACUGAAAGGAGAGCCGGGUGAACCCGGACCGCCGGGACCACCCGGUCCGCCAGGAGCCGAGGGUCUUCCCGGACACGAGGGCAGACAGGGGAUACCGGGCGAAGUCGGCGCGCCAGGGGAGAAGGGCCCGCCCGGGCCGAUGGGCCCCAUCGGCCCGCCGGGCACACCAGGACUUGCAGGUCCCAAGGGUGACAAGGGUGAUAAAGGCGAUCGAGGCUUCACGACGACCUUGAAGGGUGAGCAGUUUCCAAGUGGAGUAUUCGAAGGCCCACCUGGUCCACCAGGACCACCUGGAUCCCCGGGCGAGAAGGGAGAACUGGGCCCGACAGGACCGCCCGGCCUGCCCGGCGAGAAGGGUGCUCGGGGAAAACAAGGGAAGAGGGGUAUCAAGGGUGAGAGCGGUUCGGCAUUGGCGAGGGGUGCCCCCGGCCUGCCGGGUACGAAGGGUGAGCCCGGCGAACGGGGUUACCGGGGCGAAAAGGGCGCCAAGGGAGACGUGGGUUCACCAGGGCCCAAGGGAGAGGCGGGAAUACAGGGCUUGCCGGGGCUCAACGGCACCGACGGCGAUCCCGGUAUCCAAGGACCCCCCGGAUUACCGGGAAUAUCUGGACCUAAGGGUGAAAAGGGCGACUACGGCGACAUUGGUCCCCCCGGCCUUAUGGGACCACCGGGUUUGCCCGGUCCACCGGGCUACCCUGGGUUGAAAGGUGAAAAGGGAGAAAAAGGCGAAUCGAAGUACAAAAAGCUCAGACGAAGACAGGGAGACGGCACGUUCGAGAUGAACGCCGGGGAAGUGAUAAUGGGCCCACCCGGACCCCCAGGACCCGCUGGUACCCCCGGACUGCAGGGCCCACCCGGGAUCAAGGGUGACAGAGGACAUGAUGGCGCCAAAGGCGAUCCUGGAGAGAAGGGUGCCAAAGGGGAUCCUGGUCCGAUGGGACUGCCCGGCCCCAUGGGACUGAGAGGAGAGUCCGGAAAGCCCGGGGAUUCCGGGAAACCUGGCGCCAUGGGAUCACCAGGAUUAGACGGCAUGAAGGGCGCGCAGGGCGAGCCAGGAACGAAGGGAGAAAGGGGAGAUCCGGGAUUGCCUGGUACCGACGGGAUUCCCGGCGCGGAGGGGCCGCCGGGUAAACGCGGCAGAAAAGGCGACAAGGGCAACAAGGGAGAUCAAGGUGUUCCAGGAUUGGAUGCUCCGUGUCCGCUGGGACCGGACGGACUUCCCUUACCGGGCUGCGGCUGGAGACCACCGCAGCUGAGGAGCAACAUCCUGAACCAAUGGCUAGAGGAGGAGGCGAAUCAUGAUGGGAGGAUGAGGGAGGAAGAGGAGGAGGAGGAGGAGAACGAGCGGCAGUGAUGUUACAAGGACAAUAGCGCAUUUUUUCAUAAGGACUUCUGUAUAUCUUCCCGUUCCCGCCUCCGUUACGAUCGCGUUAGAAGAAAGAAAAAAAAAAAUAAUAUAUAUAUAUAUACAUAUUAUAUAUAUACCAAAAUAAUCAUCUUGCCAUCGAGAGUGUUGUAAAUAUGUGUACUUACAGUGUCUAGCGUCCGCAGUGCGUGUACAUAAGUAAUUAGAGCUUACUGCGAAUCUACGAUCGUAUUGCGACGACGGUCGUAAAUGUCACACAUACACAUGCACACAUUCAAAGGUAUACGGUGAUGAAUCAAUCCGCGAUUGGUUACUUCCGGCCUCGUGCCCGAAGCAAGACGGACAAGAAUUCGAAAGAGUUCGCGAUGGAGGAUCGCCGUGUCAAGACUACGGGGAUGACACUUCGACGCAAACGGACGAGGAUAAUCCCGGAGGAAUCGCAGUGAAGCGCGUGAAGAACACACUUUUCGCGGACGAGCGCGAUGAUGCGAGAUGAGGAAAGGAAGGAGACGUUCGCCGCACAAACGUUCGACAUUUCCGGGCGAAUUUCCUGCGGCGACGAGCCGUGGAAGGACCUACUCUCUACGAAUUUGAGCGAGCUACGAUAACGAGAGGCACAAGCGAAGAGUGGAAAAAUCGCAACGCACCGAUGGAUUAGCUUUUAAUCGUGGCCUGAAGCAUGCUUUUAUUCCUUUUUUUUCUUAUCAAGGCAAACGGACCUCGCGCGUCGUAUACAUAAAUAUCCC